AUGCCCAUGCAGUCAGACGACCUCCUACUCUCUCUGCAGUCCUCGCUCCGCAACGCGCUAUCAACGUUCGGUCCCACCAGCCCCCAGUACCUCAGCAUCAAGCUCAUGGUCGACGAGCACGUGGCAAACCUCGCACUACAGGGUCUGUCGAUUUCGUCUUCGAGCGGGUAG